GGUGGGAGUCUGGAAAGAGAGAGAAAGGGAGUGAAGACUAUUUUUAGCAAGCCCUCUACUUGGCGGGAAGAUAACCACGUGCUCUUUGUGUUGGCCGCCUUCGGAUAUAUUUUCGAGUCAAAGAUCAAUAAUAAUCCACCGUAAACUAUCAACAUGCUUCAGGAUUAUCUUUUGAAGUACCACGCGAAAGACCUGGAAGACAUAUUAAACGCUACGGAGGAUUAUUUAUUCUAUUCGGUAUACAUCAAUUUCGUGUCCUUGUUUGGAGUUGACGCGGAGAAUGCGAACAAAAUCCUGCGCAAUCCCAAACACUAUUUACCGCUGUGUGACGAGGCAGCGGUAAAGGCUCAGGAACAAUUGUGCAAAACGGAGCAAAUAGUGAAAACCAAAGUUCACGUUCGAAUCACUGCAGUACCGCUAAGCGUCGACAUAGGUAAGAUUGGCGAGCUGGUUUCGACAUCCGGAAUUGUGGUACGCAUGUCUCAGCCCACAGUUAUGAAAUUGAAAAAACGCUUCGUCUGUAAAAAAUGCAAACACGUUAAUAUAGUGCAAUUAGAAUGGGAGAAACAAUUGUUCAGAAACAUUAAAUAUUGCGAAGCAUGCCGGUCCGAAAGUGUGACAGCUUCAACGUCUUUGGAACAAGACGAUUGUUCUGAUUACCAAGAAAUAAAGAUUCAGGACAAAUGUAAAACGGAUACAAGGAGUUACUAUUCCGUGGGUUUGCAAGUAGUCGUGUUGGAUGACCUCGUUGACAAGUGUAAACCUGGAGAUAAUGUAGACAUCAGCGGUGUGAUUAUACGGAAAUGGGGUACGUUGAAGGCCGGCCAUCGCGCGGAAGCUACAACGUUCCUGAUGGCAAACAGCAUUUCUGUGCACAAGAAAAUCACAGGCGCCACGUUCUCUACGGCGGAAAUAAACGAUACCUUUACAGCGUACUGGGAACAUUAUCGGGACAAUGCGUUGUCUGGCAGGGACAAUAUUCUCGCCUCUAUUUGUCCACAAUUGUACGGGAUGUAUAUCGCGAAAUUAGCGUUGGCCGUUGUUCUGUGCGGCGGCGUGGCAAAAACUAAUGAAACGGGAAUGCGCGUAAGAGGUGAGCCUCAUCUUCUUCUGGUCGGAGAUCCUGGCACCGGUAAAUCGCAAUUGCUCCGUGUUGCGUCUCGACUGACCACACGGUCUGUUUUUACAACCGGUGUUGGAAGUACUGCCGCUGGACUUACAGCAGCUGCUGUCAAAGAUUCCGACGGUUGGCAUUUAGAAGCCGGGGCUUUAGUGCUCGCGGAUGGAGGUGUGUGUUGCGUGGACGAGUUCACGACAAUGAGUUCGCACGACAGGACAUCUGUACACGAAGCAAUGGAACAGCAAACGAUCUCCAUCGCGAAGGCUGGCAUGGUGAGCACAUUAAACAGCCGUUGCUCCGUUGUCGCGGCCAUCAAUCCGGACGGUGGAUGUUUCACGAACGAAGAGUGGAAAACCUGCCUCGGAAAUCCUCUCUUGUCGCGCUUCGAUCUGAUUCUUCUUCUUAGAGACACUGGAAAUCCCGAAUGGGACAGAUUGACGUCGAGUCACAUUUUAAAAGCUGCCUGUGAAGACGAAGAAAACAAUUCACAUUCCGCUAAACUCGAGAACAUGGGUCCUUUGAAUUUAACGGGCUUGUGGUCGGAAGAGACUCUCCGCGAGUAUUUCGCACACGUGCGCAGCACGUUAAAGCCAACGCUAACCGAAGAGGCAAAAAAGAUACUCAGUGCAACUUAUCUUCAUCAUAGAUCAGAUCCAUGUAGAAAGCCUGAGAGAACAACAGUGCGACUCUUAGAUAGCCUUAUCAGAUUAGCUGAAGGCCAUGCAAAACUAAUGUACCGAGCUAAGGUAGAAAUCAUUGAUGCUGUCACUGCAGCAGAGUUGGUUGGAACCACACUGUUGGAUAAUUCUGAUGCUGGUUGUCCCUUUCCAACAGAUCCAGUAGCAACAUAUCGUUUAAAAGCAAAAGACUUACUCAAAAGGCUUAAUUUACAAGAAUUGGAACCACACAUAUAAAUGUUACCCUGCCAAUACAUCAUAAUCGAAAUUAAAAAUCAAUUAUUUGUAAUUUAAUAUUUUUAUGUUAGAUAUUUAGGCUUUUAGUUAACUUCAAAGAGAGAUUAUUUUUCUAAACCUUAGUUGUAUUUAUAUGUAUUUAUUACCAUUAUAUGUGAAGUAAUACAAAUAAAACGUCGUAUACCUCAGUUCCAACAAAUAACAAUUGUUAACGCUUUGAUUUAAAAAAUUAUUUUACAAAUUUAUAAAAUUUCCAGUAAAAUCCAACUUCCUUUCUAUAACAUAUUCCUCAUUUUGAUAAAAGCUGUUUGAUAUUAAACAACAAUCAUACUAAGAUAAUUCAACGUAUUGCAUAAAAACAGGAAUGUACAGGAUUUCACAAGGUGUUGUAAGAAAGCUAAUUGUGAAUAUUUAUAAGUAAAUUAGCAUUUAUGGUUAACAUUCAACAAAUAGGAAUCAAAUUGUUUUAUAAUUCGAAUCUUGCAGUUACUUGAACUUGGAAAUUUAAUUACUUUCGUAACUUAUAGUAUGAUCACAUUGUCAUGAGACUGUGCCACUAAAAUGUGAAAGCUAGCAAAUAUAAGCAAUUAUGUAAUAAUAAAAUUAUGAUAUGGUCGAUACGAUUAUCAAUAGCUCACUCAUAUCAUUGUAACCUAAUUUGAAGAUCUCAUAAAUAAACGCAUGAUAAA